AAGGCAGAGUAGGUGGUGAGCAAGUUUAGACUUCUUCGAAGCACACAAUCAUUGUUUCUUUUGAGGAAAUUAUAUACUUCUAAUUACCGCAUGAAAUGGAUGUUUUUGCGGCAGUUAUACUAGUUGUGUUUGUUACGAAACCAGUUGUAGGUUUUGGGAUGGACCCCAAUUUACAAAUUGAUAUCAUCCACGAGCUGGACUUGGCUAAUACAACUUUUGGAAUAACCCAAGUGUCAGGCCUCCACAACAGCAGCAAAGCCUUCCUAUUUCGAGAUGUACAGAGAGUAGUUCGUGCCCCAUCACACAUCACAGAAAAGGUGGUUCAGCUCUUUAAGAAUAAAAGUGAAUUCACCUUCCUGGCCUCCAUCCGGCAAAGGUCCUCAACAUCAGGAGUUAUAUUCUCUAUCCACGAGUCUGAGCACAGGUACUUUGAGGUGGAGAGCAAUGGCCUGCGAGAGGAGAUCCAGUACCAUCACUGCUACCGAGGGAAGGCCCGCUCCGAGUCCUUCCCCUACAGGCUGGCUGAUGGGCAGUGGCACAAGAUUGCCCUGUCCAUCAGUGCCUCCCACCUGCUGUUACACAUUGACUGCAACAGGAUUUAUGAGCGUGUGAUAGACCCCCCACAGAUGGACCUGACCCCUGGGAGCGGAGUGUGGCUUGGGCAGCACAGCCAUAAACACGGCCUGUUCAAGGGAACCAUCCAAGAUGUCAAAUUUAUUUUUGCUCCAAAUGGAUACAUUACGCAGUGUCCAAACCUCAAUCGUACCUGCCCAACUUGUAGUGAUUUCCUGAGCCUGGUGCAGGGCAUCAUGGACCUACAGGAGCUGCUGGCUAAAAUGACCAUAAAGUUAAAUUAUGCCGAAUCGAGGCUGAACCAGCUGGAGAGCUGCCACUGUGAGAAGACUUGCAAAGUCAACAGGAUGGUGUACCGCAACAAAGAUCUGUGGGUGGAUCCUGAGAACUGCAGGAACUGUGAAUGUGAGAACGGGGUGGUGGAGUGUCGCAGAAUAUUCUGUCCCCCCUCCAAUUGCUCGGCUGACACUCUUCCCGUGCACAUCGAGGGCACAUGCUGCAAGAAGUGCAGACCUAAAUGUACCUACAAGGGCAAAAUCUUAUCAGAGGGACAACGAAUUUUGAUGGAGAGCUGCCAAGAAUGCAAGAAUGGCAUAAUUGUAAAAGUGACAGCGACUUGUCCAGAUCUCAACUGUACAGUGAAUGAACAGAUUCUUCCAGAGCACAGAUGUUGCAAUGUCUGCAAAGGCUAUGACUUUUGUGCAGAGGGAUUGUAUUGUGGAGAAAACUCUCUGUGCAAAAACCAGAAGACCAAAGCAGUGUGCGAUUGCAAGAGCGGCUUCGCCCCCAUUCAUGGAGACUCCACAUACUGUGAAGACAUCGAUGAGUGUGCAACCCAGAUGCACUACUGCCAUGACAACAGUGUGUGUGUGAACCUCCCUGGUGGCUAUCGCUGUGACUGCCUGCCAGGAUUCAUCAGAGUGGAUGACUACUCCUGCACAGAACAUGAUGAGUGUGCCAGUGGGCAUUUCUGCGAUGACAAUGCUAUCUGCACCAACACCAUCCAGGGUCAUCUGUGCAUCUGCAAACCAGGCUAUGUGGGCAAUGGCACCACCUGUAGAGCUUUCUGUGCGGAAGUCUGCCGCAGUGGAGGGACCUGUGUGUCACCUGACACCUGCCUCUGCCCCUCAGGUUUUACUGGACGCCACUGCGAGAAAGACAUUGAUGAGUGUGCAGAAGGCCUUAUCCAGUGUCACAACCAUUCGCACUGUGUCAACCUACCUGGCUGGUACCACUGUGAAUGUAGGAGCGGUUUCCAUGACAAUGGGUCCUACUCAAUCGACGGGGGGUCCUGCAUUGACAUUGACGAAUGUGCCACCCAUACCCACACAUGCUGGAACGACUCUGCGUGUGUGAACCUGAAGGGCAGCUUUGACUGCUUGUGUUCCUCUGGCCCUGCCUGCAGUGGGGAUUGCCCCCAUGAGGGCAGCCUCAAGCACAACGGGCAGGUGUGGACCCUCCAGCAGGACCACUGCUCUGUCUGCUCCUGCAAGGAUGGGAGGAUAUUCUGCAGGCGAACAGCGUGUGACUGCCAGAACCCUAAUGUGGACCUGUCCUGCUGCCCAGAGUGUGAUACCAGACAGAGCAGCCAGUGCUUACACCAGAGUGGACACAUGUUUUACCGCAGUGGAGACACCUGGACCUACGGCUGCCAGCAGUGCCGAUGUUUGGAGGGUGAAGUGGACUGCUGGCCCCUGGCAUGCCCCGUCCUGCCCUGCGAGUAUAGCUCAGUGACGGAGGGAGAGUGCUGCCCUCGCUGCGUCACCGAUGCCUGCCUUGCCGACAACAUUGCUUAUGACAUCAGAAAAACCUGUCUGGACACUACUGGCAUCACGCGCCUCAGUGGCUCCAUAUGGACCGUGCCCGGAUCUCCUUGCACCACAUGCAAGUGCAAGAAUGGGAGCAUCUGCUGCUCUGUGGAGUUCGAAUGUCUCCAGAACAACUAGACACAGCUUUUGAGGAAUACCUCACCAGUGUGAACUGGGGUGAUCAUCUGGUUUUAAAGUUUCAGCUCUUUUUUAGUUUGUUUCACACGCCAGACUGUUGCUGAAGGUGCCUGGAAUUUCACUACAUUGGGAACUUUGUUCCAUGGCUCUAACUCCCUAGAGAUACUGGAAUAUGUGUCUGUUACUUGAGGAACCCAUUACCCAAACCGACACAUCAACAGUAUAUGCCUCAUGUUCCUAACUUUUAUUAUUUGGGAAGCUAAUCUGAGAGGAUGCAGCGACAUUUUACUGAAAAUAAGAAACACUUCUGAAAAGCAGCCCCCCACUGAUAACCAAACAUCAUGUAUUUCCAUCCUGUAAAUGUAACUGCUUUCCUCUCCCAUCUUCUCCUACAUAUGUUAAUGUUGGUUGAAAAAGUGGUCCCCAGUGUAGGACACAAGAUUUUUUCCUUGGGUUUUUCACAUUGAUAAGGUUGUCAUCAUGGUUUCUUAUUGGCUUUAUGCUUCGGCAGAUAUUUCAUUUAUGAAUGAAAGCAGUGUUUUCAGACUAAACUGAAUUCUCCUAAAAUACAAGCAAGACAGCUAUUUCAGUGAAGGAUAUGUGGAUGUCGAGGGAAAUGUGUACACAAUUGACCAGUUCUUGAUGCAGGCAGUGUUUAAGGAUAAGACAAGGUCCUAUGAUUUUCAAAGAGCAUUAACAUAUUCCUGACUUAUAACAGCGUGACAGCGGGAUGAGAGAGAAAAUAUAAUUAAGGACAAGUCACACAGAUGGAAACUUAAUAUGCCAACAGUUCAGGAAGGGUCACUCUUGUUUGCUUAUUGCCGAGCUUAUUAAAAGGAGGAGACUUUGGCCUCUGCCUUGUAAAUGCACUCCAGUGCAUGGUUUUUGCAGGCUUUCUUUAGCUUUAUCCCCAAGUUGUCCCAUGGUUCCAUAUACCCUGUGCUAAAAACUAGAGCAUACUUGGAGCAAAGGCCGUAUCUUAUUUAAAUAUACAGUUGGCUCUACAGACAUGAACAGCAACUUUUGCCAACGUGAAAAGCCAUUCUCACACUGUGUAAACAACAAACUGAUCCUUUUCUUAAUACCAGAUUGAUGGAAUGUGUUUGAAUGUUUGUGUUGCAAGUCACCCAAAAAUGUUUUAUCUGUUGUAUCAGCACUGACAUUUAAGUGAUAAAUUCAAUGAGAUGUCCUUGAACUAUUUCAUACUAUAUGUCACACUAUAUGACAGCUGUGUUCUUUAACAAUGUUCAUGUAAGAAGUGCACAGGUGAAGAGUAGAAUCAUCACCAAUAGUCUGUAAGAGAUCGGGGCAUAAAAGAUGUUUGCAUUUCUACAAUAGGCAAGCAUUUAUGGAAGCACUCCCUAAAGUCAAAAGGGUCAAAAAGGCUUUUAGAUUUCAAAAAGGGAUACCCAAAACAUUUCAUUCUCAAGAUAUCUGUGCGAAUGUUUCUGUAACAUACUGAAAUUAUAUUUUCCAGUUGAUGUGCUUCUGAAUUUUGUGGAAUAUUUUUGUUUCUGUAAAUACAGUGGAAAGCUUAGGGCAACAUGAAAAAAAAUAAAACUGUUGAAGAUAAUCUUAUUGUAAAACAUUCAUAGGUCCUAAGCCACAGACAUCAAUUGUGGGGAAACAAUUUAUAUUAUUUUUAAUUACGACAGAUGCUUUUGAUUUUCCUUUUUGUACUAUUACC